AUGUCGACCGGUGCUCAGUUAUGGGCGCUGGCGGCGAAGGAUGUGCGAAUAGCAACACGAAGUAAGAAGCGAUGUUGUUGUGAGUUGCUGGUGCCAUUAUUCGUGUUGCCAAUCAUUAUUAUUCUGCUCAUCGUAUCUCCGAAAUUUGACUCACUUGUCGUACCUAGAAGUCAACACACGGUUUUGGAACUGGAAAGGAUUACGGAGUUUGAAGUCAAGUAAGUUUAUAUUACUGUGAAGAAGGUUUAAGGUGGAUAUAAGUGUGGUGGGUAGUGAGAUGGGGUUCUUUGUGGUUUUGUUUGGUCAACAAGUUAUAGAGCUUUUUUGACAGGAGUUAUAAGCUUUUCUUUGUAUUAGGCUAGGUCAUAAUGGUUAAAUUAUGAAAUAUUCUAGUAGCUACUUAUUCUACUAUUUUUUCCAGGGGAAAAUAGUAGAAUAAGGUCAAAAGAAGCUUCGGAAGGGAAGUUUAUCACUUUUCUGGGCUUUCCACGCUAUCUGCUGACAUUUCUUGCCACAAAAACAAACAAAAUCUAUACAUUUUUUAUGUUACAGUAACCUAAACGACGCGGACUUUGAGCUUCUCCAACAAGCAGCUCAAAGACUUGAUCUUUACUUCAAGGAUCGACCAUACGACACAGAAUCCACUAGUAAGGCGAUUCAAUUCUCGACCUUUCUUCCGAACAAAAAUGAGUACGAGUACUAUUUUACAACCAACAAGUAUGACAAGGACCACGGCGGUUACUUAGAGAAAAUAUACUUUGGCUCUGGAUGGGACGAUGGCAAUCCUUACGAACAUUCCAUGAUAAUCGAUCUUUUUGAAAACACUACAGAGACAUUUUUGAACUGGACGAGGGGGGAUUUCAGUAAAUUACAGUAUACCAUCAAUAGGGUCUUGUUACAGCUUUCGGACAUUACAGUUCCGAAUAAAGAGGUAGGUUUGGACGUAUUGUAGUAGCUUUGGAAGGAUAUUGUAGUAAAUCUGAGAAGAUUUUGCAUUAGUUUUGGGAGGAUAUUAUAGUAAGAUUAGGCGGAUAUUACAGUAGGUUUUAGAGGAUGUUAUAGUAGGUUUGUAAGGAUAUUGUAUUUAGUAGGUCUGGUAUAUUUUGUUGUAGUGGAAUAUUAAAGCUCCAGCUUUGGCUGAAAUGCCUAGGCUUGUUAUUUAGAUAUAAAAAUCAACCCUACCUAAAGCCUGUUUAAUAGCCUAUUAUAAUAUUAUCUUUAUGUAAUCUAUGAUACAUGUGGAUAAAGAUAUUUCGGACUUAUUAUAUUAUCAUGUUUUAGAUCAUAUUGGAACAGUUACCCCAGAAUUCAUACAAGUUUUCAAUCAUUGCACUGAUUUUACCAAACUUGUUUAUGGGUAUGGUACUGGCUGUUAUUAUACCAAUGGCUAUUGUCAUCAAAGACUUGAUUGCUGAAACUGAAAACGAUAUUAAGGUACAUUGCUUUUUUUAUUUUUUGUGUAAUUCAUUAUUUUUUAAUAUUAAUUUAGAUAUUGUAGUAGAGAAGUUAUAGCACAUUUUACAUUAACUUUUUUUCUAAUAGUUACAAGGCUUUACUAUGGUUAAAAAGAUUGAAUUUUUAGGUAGUAUAAUGUGUUGUUUCAGAAUUAUCUACUUGUUACCGGAAUGAGCAGAUUCAGCUUCUAUUCGUCACAUUAUCUGUUUGGAUAUGUCAAGAUGACUUUGAUCAUGUUCAUCAUUGCUUUACCGUUAGCUUUUGGUUUAAAAGUAAGCUUUUAUGACUCGUUGAGUUUGACAUAUCAUUAAAAUGAAAAACUUUAUUAUUUUGGCAUACUGUCUCUUUCAGUACUUUAACUUGUUUAUUUUAAUACUGUAAUUCCUCUUUACUUUAUCUUAUAAAACUAAUAAUCACCUUAUUCUUACAGCCAGCCAUCGGCAUUAGUCUACUGGUAAUAACAUUGGCAUUUGUCCCAUUUUGUGUAGCUUUUGCUCUACUUUGUGGUACUGUGAUGCAUCGUCCUGGAGUAGCAAUCACUGUGAAUAUAUUACUAUGUAUUGCGUCUUCAGCUUUGGCUUUAACUUUGACCUCAAACCGACUUGAAGUUGGAUUGAUGUGUGUUUACUCAUUUAACCCAAUAACUGCAUUGAAAAUGGCAAUUGCUGACUUGGAGCUGUAUCAGAGAUAUGGUAGGUUUUUGGGGUGGGAUGAUGUUUUUUUGGAGGUGGGAGGGGGAGGUAAACAAUUUUUAGAAUUAAAAAAAUUGUUAUUUUUCAGAUAUUCCACUAAGCGUAUUCGACCGUUUUACCUACCAGUACGGCUUUAUGCACGCAAUAAUCUUUCUUAUUAUCGAUGCUGUUUUAAUUAUUUUAUUAACUCAAAUCUUGGAUAUUGUACUACCUUCAUCUGGUAAUCCAGGAGUCAAUUUGUUGUCGAUUUUUCAAAAAGUAAACUCAAAAAGAAAAAGGUCGAGAGAUAUCAUACCUGAAGAGUCGGUGAAGCUACAAGAUGGAGACUUUGAACCGGUCAAUCAGAAAAAUGUUUCGGAUGUUGAGGUAGGUUAUGGGUAAUAUUUUACUUGUUUUUUGGUUUGAGCUGCAAUUAUGAUUACUAUUAGUUUUAUGUGUCGUUUUGGUUUUACUUUUAGAUUAUUUUUUUUGUAUUUUUAAGCUUAAUAACAGCUUUUUUUAUAAAAAUACAAAUUUUAGGUAAUAAAUCUAAAAAAGCGCUGGGGCUACGGCGACUACGCAGUGAACGGGACAUCGUUCCAAGCAUUCCGUGGCGACAUUACGGCUUUAUUGGGACACAAUGGAGCUGGUAAAUCGACCACGUUCUCUUGUUUAACUGGAUUUACAUCGCCAACUUCUGGAGACGUCAAAGUGUGUGGAAUGUUGAUCGAUGACAACUUGAAUGAAAUCAGGAAGAACAUUGGCUACUGUCCUCAAGGCAAUCCUUUGUUUGAUCGAUUGAGCUGUAUCGAACAUUUGAGGUUGGCGGCAAAGCUGAGGGGAUCUUAUCAUGGUGACGAUGACUGUAAGCAUGUUUUACAGCAGGUUGGACUGGGCGAUGCUAUGAAUGUGGUAAGGAAUGGGCUAGAAUUGUGUGUUGCUAAAGAUCUUUAAAGGUUGCCAUGUGAAAUAUAUUACUUUUGGUUAAAAUGAGGUUUAAAAAUGGGAAAUUUUAGCGAUUUUUUUGAUUUUAAACAAUUAUUAGGUUGUUCACUUAAUUCUGCGCCUUCUUUCUAAUAAAAAAAAUGAAUUUCAGGUAGCAGAAGAGCUGUCAGGCGGAAUGAAGAGAAAGUUGUGUGUAGCUAUGGCAUUGGUUGGUAAAAGUCAAGUAGUACUACUCGAUGAACCUACAGCUGGAAUGGACCCAACAGCCAGAAGGCAGAUUGGUGAAAUUUUGGAGAAAUUCAAAGCCGAAAGAACUAUUAUCUUAACUACUCACUACAUGGAUGAAGCCGACAUGUUGUCUGACCGUAUAUUGAUCAUGGUCAAAGGCAAAGUCACAUGUGCUGGGACUUCGACAUUUUUGAAAAAUCGGUUUGGAACUGGCUUCUUAUUGACUGUAACUCUUCGUCAAGGUGUCGAAUCAGUGGCUGGAGCUCAAACAGUACUGGAUUUGGUCAGACGAACUGUGCCUACCGCCAAAAUGGACGGUAGUGCGGCUUCACAGUUCGUUCUGAAUCUGCCCUACGAAAGUAAAGUCAGAUUUGUGGAACUUUUUGCAUUUUUGGAAAAAGAACGCAACAAUCUGGGUAUCGAUUCGUUCGGACUGUCUGUUAAUACACUAGAACAGGUGUUUAUCAAGGUGGGAGAGAAGGCGGAAAAGCACAGUAGUCGACAAUUGGCCGAAAAGAUCGCUGAGAAUGCGUUGAAAGUGGAACAACAAGAUGGUGAGUUGGUUUUGGGGCUUUAUAUCAUAGUUUAUAUGAUAAACUAUGAUUCUCAUGGGUAACAUGCCUAUUUCUCUAUAAUUUUUAUGUAAAAGGUGCCCAUUUCUUUAUAGGCUUUUAUGUAAAGACUGCUUCUUAAAUUUUUAAUGUAUCUAAAUUUUUAAACUACUAAAAUACUGCAUUUUCAGUUGAUCGCAAGCCAAACUUCUUCACUCAACUGUUCGCUUUGAUGUGGAGAAACUACUUGUAUAUGUAUCGACAUUUCGCUCGUACAUUAGUGCCAGUGUUCGUGUGCAUCGUAUGUUUCUUGUUCUUAUGGAUAAAGACAAAAGACGAACCUGCUAAUUGGAAGCCUUUUACGACUAGUUGUAGGUUUGCAAGCUGAAUCAAUCAUAAUAUACGAUGAAAAUGAAGGAUAAUAUAAAAGACUUGGCACAACAAUUAUAUUUUUUUAGAUAAAAAUUUUUCUAAAAUUUAGAAAAAAUGUAUAAGAAAUGACUCAAUUAUCAGAAGAUUUCAAUUUUGCGAAGUUUUAGCUGAGGAAAAAGCGAUUUUAUUGAACCUAAGAACCCUACCGAAAUCAACCAUCUUGGCUUCCGCCGGUUAUUCUUCGUUGGUCAAAGGUUUUGUAAACGAGCAAAUGAGUCAAUGCAAUGUAGAAGAACAAGCUUAUGUUGAAAACGAGUUGAAGGACAAACAAUUUAAUAUACCAGCCAAUUCUUUGGGUAUCAUGGAGUCAAGUAAUGGCGUAGUGUUAGCUGGCAGUCCGUUCUUGCACAAUAGCAUGAUGUUGGCCGUCAACUUUUGGACGAAUUUGGUUAUUGGCAAUGGAAAGAAUAGUGAGUUUAGGGGAUAUUCAUAUGUAAAAUUUAUUUAUUAUGAUGCUUAAGAGACUAGACCAAACUUGUCUUUGUAACUAGGGUGUUAUAGUACCUUGGUAGUUUUUGAUACGAGUUCUAUUUCAAGAGCGGUCAGAAAGCUGGUAUACUCUAUGGAGGGCAUACUAUUAUUGAGGGUCUUAUUAAAGAGGUUUCCGUAGUAAGAAAAGCACGUUUAAGUGAGGCACUCAUCUUUCGCUAGUUUGGGCCGUCAAUUUGUAGGAAAGUCUAGUACUUGUGGAUGAAGCUUUUUUAUUUACCAGUACUAGCCUCUGGCCGCUUGUGGAAUUUACUGUUCUUUUUCAGUCAACAUUCGAGUGGGUGUGAUUGGAAAUGACACAAACUUUUCGAUUGAUGUUAGCUUUUUCUUCAACAACAUUAUGAACAGCGUUUUCAAUGUUUUCGGAUUAACUUUUGGUUUGGCCAUGCUUUUGUCAUCAGUUAUUACUGAAAGGAGAAAGAAGUUCAAACAUCAGGUAAGUCAUCACUUUGGAAUUUUAAGGUUUUAGGCGUUAACAUAAGGCUUGAUUUUAGGUAUUACAACGAAGUUUGAUAUAACACUGUUAGAGUACAAAAAAUCGUGUUUCAUAGUAAUAUGAGUACUAAAAAUAAAGUUGAAAGUACUGGUGAGGACUUCAACGAAAAAGCUUGAAAAAAUGGAUUAAAUUUUAAAAUUAAAGUUUUUUAUUAAAAACAAGUUAUUUUAGCUCUACCUAGCCUCAGCUCGACCAUACACCUACUGGACAGCUCAAUUCUUAUCAGACAUGAUAUACUUUAUCGUCUUAGCUAUUAUCGUCUUUGUCGCCAGCUUCUUGGCCACAAGCCCCAACUUUGAAUGCACUUUGGGAAUAGUACCAAUCUGGGUACUUUAUUUUAUUGCCAGUUCCUUCGCCAGUUAUGUUCUCAGUUUUGCAUUCGAAUCGCCGACAAAAGGCACGGUCUUCAUCUUGGCGUUCCAUUCCAUCAUUCCAAUGGUAUUCUCUGCAGCAUUCGCGAUUGCUGCUGGUAUUGCUAGUGUCAUUUUACAAACAAAUACUAGUUCUUGGAUUAAUUAUGGCAUGGUAAGUAUUUUUGAAUUGAGUUUAGAGAAUUAUUUAAUUUUUUUGAAGUUAUGAUAGUAAAAUCUUAGGUAAUAUUGAAGUAAUAAUUAUAUUGUUAUAGGGUUAAGUUGAUAUAACUUUUUUUUAAUUUUGGCUUAAAAAUCAAAGGCAAACCAAUUAAUUCAUGUUAUUUCAGCUAGUCCUGGAUAUCUUCUUCCCAGCCGUCGGCUUGUUCCGCUCCCAAAACACUUGUACUAAUGUUUGUAAGAGAAAGGACGUUAACUUCACCUCCAUUUACAAUAGUGACGACUUUUCCUUGACUGCAGGAGGAAAGACUGAUUUCUGGUCGGAUGGCCCAACAGUUUCAUUGGUCGCCCUUACUCUCAGCAUUAUAUUGUACGUAACUUGGUUGGUACUGAUUGAAUCAAAGAUUUUACUACGGGUUAUGCACAAGUUACAUGUUAAGCGGUUUGCUGAUGUAAGUUUUUGUAAAAUACGCGAAUUGGAUGUAGGUUAAAAAAAUAAAAAAAUGAAUUUUAACUUAAAAAAUGAAAAAAAAUUAAAUUUCAAAUUUUAAAUGAAAAAAAUAAAAUGUUAUUUUUAGUACCUAAUCCGACCUGCGGAUGAAGAUUAUGAUGUAGAGCAAGAAAGACAACGACUUCUUGGCCUUGGUGAUUAUCAACUUUCUUUGGCCGUCAGAAGUUUAUUCAAGUACUACAAUGAAGAGAAGUGCGCUGUACAAGAUUUGACAUUCGGAAUGGCUUCUAAUGAGUGUUUUGGGUUGCUUGGUAGGUAUUCAGAAGUGAAAGACGACUGUUUUAUAUUAAACAACGUUUUUAACGUAAUAUAUCAGCUACGAUAUGAUUUUUUGGAUCUUACAGUAGCUUUGUGGACUAAAGAUUUUAAAAAGUUUGAUUAACAUAAUUUAGUUUGAAUUACAUUAUUUCAGGUGUCAACGGAGCUGGUAAAACAACAACAUUCGACAUGCUGACAAAUCAAAUCUUACCCACAAGUGGAACGGCCACUAUCUUAGGAAUCCCUAUCCAAAACACGCCUCCAAUCGGCUACUGUCCCCAAUUCGAUGCAUUAGCUGGAAGUCUGACCGGUCGAGAAACCCUACAACUGCUCGGAAGGCUUAAUGGUUUCACAGAAGUGGACGAGAGAGUCAGACUAGUACUGGAAUGUGUUAUGAUGGAAGAAAAGGCUGAUAGCAUUGUCAAAACUUACAGUGGUGGUCAAAAACGUCGCUUAUCAAUUGCCUGUUGUCUGAUGUCUGGCUCCAAGUUCUUGGUAUUAGACGAACCUACAGCUGGUGUGGACCCGGCUACUCGAAGACACAUCUGGGACCUUCUGAUAGCCAUGAGGAACCAGAACAAAGCCAUAUUACUCACGACUCACUCGAUGGAAGAGUGUGAAGCCCUCUGUACUAGAAUCGGCUUCUUACGUGCUGGUCGACUUCGAGGUAUUGGUACUAGUCAACAUCUCAAGUCUCGCUAUGGAAACUCGUACAUAUUGACAUUGAUCUUGAACGAUCCAGGAUCAGCGAACGCCGCGUUUGUGGACGAAGCCGUGAGGAAGAUGUUUGAUGUAGCGGCUACAGAUUCUUCAGUUGAACACAGUGCUUUAUCGUGGAUGUUACCAAAGAAGGCUGGCAGUUAUUGGAGUCAAAUGUACGCUGAUAUUGAACGAUUUGUGGGAGAAGUUAAUCGACAGGCUGGAGUGGAGCUGAUUGGUGACUUCUAUCUGAUUCAGGAUUCUCUUGAACAAGUGUUUACGAGGUUGGCUAACACAGAGGAGCAGAAUGUGGAGGAGAGUGGCUUUGUAAGUUUAAAUUUUUAUUUUUAAUUGUUUUAAAUAAUUUCGUGCUUUCUCUUAAAGCAGAAUUUGGCGAGAAAUCCUAAGUUUUAGUUUAUUACGUCAUUCUUUUUGAAACAAAAAAUAAAGUUUGAAUAAUGUUACUGUUCAAAUUACAGUUUGAUUUCUAAUGUGAUGCUAAUUGUGUUGUUGUUGUUGUUGGAUGUGUUGUCCUAUAAGUUGUUUUCUUCUUAUUAUUGUGAUAUGUACCUUCUCCUACUGUAAGUACUUUCCACAAGAUAUUAUAACUGGCUUAAAAGUUUAAAAAAGUUUUUUAUGGUUUUGGAACCUAAAAGGAUAUUUUUUAGCUCAAUAUUACUCUUGAUUUAAAAAAUUUAGGUUUUUAUACUUAAUGCUUAAGCCUAAAAAUAUAUUUAAGUUUUUGGAUUUUAAGCCUAAUAUUUGUCGCUUGAGAAUGAUUAAAUUACUAUAUAAAAAUAAAAAUUCAGAUGUCACCCCCACCCCCAUAUAACACAAGUAUUAACAUGCCAUUCAACGAAGACCCAUGGUCGGUGCCGCCACAGAAUCGACCGACUCAAGAUUCUCUACACUUUUGA